UGGAGCUUACUCAUAGUGAUUUGAAUACGUAGUUUGAUAGGAUUAUUAUAACAUACAUGCAUGGAAACAGGGCCAUUCUGAUGGGUCACAAAAUGUGGCCCUCUAGCCGGUGGUAUCUAUAUUACCUGGGAACCUGUUAAAAAUGUAAAUUCCCAGGCUCCGCCCCUGACCUGCUGAACAGAAACUCUGGGAAUAGGGCCAAGCAAUCUGUUUUAAAGGUUCACUAGAUGAUUCUGUCACAUGCUAAAAUUUGAGAGCUACCAACUUAAACCAUUCACAUAUUCCACCAUGAUCUUCCAUUGCUCAGGAAAGUUGGUGAUCUCAAGAAUACUUUGUCUACCCCAGCCUUGCAGCUCACUGUGCCAGGCACAUGCUCUCCUGUGCUCCCCAUAGCCAUGCCUCACAAAACUGACGAAAUCAAGGACCUUCUGCUCAAAGCCAGAAGAAGCGAUGCCAACACUGUCAAGGUCAAGAAAAAUAAGGAUAAUGUGAAGUCUAAAGUUCGAUGCAGCAGAUACUUUAAUAUCUUGGUCAUCACAGCCAAAGAAAGGGCAGUGAAACUGAAGCAGCCUCUGCCCCCCAGGUUGGCAAUAAAGGAGCUAAAAUGA